CGCGUGUCGAAGGUCACGGCGCCCACAAUGGAGCUGUCGCCGUACGCGCAGGGCGGGUGGCGGCUGCUGGGCGACCCCCCGCCGCUUCCCCGCCGCCCGUUCGCCGCCCUCCUCCGCGCCGCCUUCCGCAGUCUCCUGGAUGACCCGCAGGCCGGGUUGGACGAUCCAGACCUGAAAGAUAUUGACCCUACAGUAUUAAAACAUUGCCAUGCUGCGGCUGCAAUGUGUAUUCUGGAGGCAGGGAAGCAGAAAGCUGACAUAUCUGCUAUAAGCACGUGCCUAGAAGACUGCAAACUGGAUAAAGAGAGAAUAGAACAAUUUUGCACCGAAUAUCAGAAAAACAAGGAUGCAUUGGAAAUCUUAUUGGGAAGCAUAGGCAGAUCUCCUCUCCAUAUAACUGAUGUGUCUUGGCGCUUGGAAUAUCAGAUCAAGAACAAUCAACUUCAUAAAACUUACCAGCCUUCCUAUUUGGUGACCUUAAAUGUAGAGAGCAGUGAUUCAGGAUCACACCCAGAUGUUAGUUUUAGUUGUACAAUGGAGCAAUUACAGGACUUAGUGGGAAAGCUAAAAGAUGCUGCAAAAAGUCUAGAACGACCGGCAGAGUCCGCGGGAUGGAGCGGAGCCGGGUGGCGGCUCCGGCUCGACGGCGCGGCUGCUCCCGGCAUCUGCCGCUCGCCUUGGGCCGCGCUGCUCUCCGCUCGCUCCCGCCCGCAGCUGCGGAGAGGCUCCGAGGCGCGCUCGGUCCGCACCUGCCGCCAAGGGAGAGCGGCCCCGCGGAGGAUGCGCGGCGGCGGCCGGUCCCUCACGGCGGAGCAGGGCUUUUCCCUCUCCGCUCCUCAGCGCCCGAGCGGCGGGCGGCGUCUUAACCUCGCCAGAGGCAAGCACCGUGCGGGUUUCCCCCGUUCCCUCCCUCCCGCUCCGGGGCCGUCCGUCCCGCCCGCGGGAUGUGGCGACCCCGCGGGUCCCCGCGACACUCGCUCCCGCCGCCGCUCGGGGCGGAAAAGCCUCCGCGCGGCCCUCGAGGGGACGCGUCGCCUCGACGGCGGCGGCUCCGCGCGGCCCCGGGCGGGCGCGGCGGGGCGAGGGCGCGCGGCUGCGCGCACGCGGUGGCGGAGGCGCGAGGCCGCGGUGCGGGUCCCCGCGGGGGUCCCCGCGCGGCGGGACGGGGCGUGCGGGGUGGGAGCGCGCAACAAGUGCGCGGAGGGAGGCGAGGGCUGCGCGGGCAAGGCGACGGGCGGCGUGUGUGGGGCCGGGGAGCCUGCGGGCUGUGGGGCUGCGGCGCGGCGAGGAUGGAGAGGGCAGCGCCGGCCAGGGCCGGAGGCGCGGCGGCUGAAGGGGAGCCGCGGCGCGGGCGGAGGGAGCGCGGAGAAGGAGGGCGGGAGGCGCCGUGGCUGCGGCGGGCGCGAGUCGCGGAGCGGGGCCGGGGGUCGGGGCGGGCGCAACCCCCUCGGAGAGCGGAGCAGAUCCGGAUCGGCACCGAGCCGCAGCGGCAGCCGCCCGGACCCCCCGGCGGGCCGGCCCCGCCGCCCCGGUGCCCGGCCCCGCUCCGAGGUGCGUGUGUCCCCCCUCCGUCCCUCCCCCGCCGCCCCUCCCCGCGCUCCGGAAAUGCCAGGGCAGCCGCACCGGGAGGCGCUGGUUCCCCUUUGUGCUGCUCGCCGGCAGCCCGGUGCCCGCCGUGUCGCCCCCGGAGCUCCCCGCCGCAUCGCCGCCGAGCCGCCCGCGCAGCCUGAGCCGGCCGGUGCCGCCGCGCCGCGGGAAUCGCCCGUGCCCGCCGGGGGAACGGCGCGGUGGGUGCCGCGGAACGACCGCCCCUCCGCGGGGCUGCGCCCAGGCCGGCCCGGGGCGGUGCGAGCCGCUCCUCGCCACGCCAAAAUGCACCGAACAACCAGAAUCAAAAUAACCGAGCUAAACCCCCAUCUCAUGUGCGUGCUCUGCGGCGGGUACUUCAUUGAUGCAACAACCAUCAUAGAGUGCCUCCACUCCUUUUGUAAGACCUGUAUCGUGCGUUACUUGGAGACCAGCAAGUAUUGUCCUAUCUGUGAUGUCCAAGUUCACAAAACUCGACCGCUUUUGAAUAUAAGGUCAGAUAAAACUCUCCAGGAUAUUGUAUACAAGCUAGUACCAGGCCUUUUCAAAAAUGAAAUGAAAAGAAGAAGGGAUUUUUAUGCUGCUCAUCCGUCGGCUGAUGCUGCCAAUGGCUCUAAUGAAGACAGGGGAGAAGUGGCUGAUGAAGACAAAAGAAUUAUAACAGACGACGAGAUAAUAAGCUUAUCCAUUGAAUUCUUUGACCAGAAUAGACUGGAGCGAAAAGGAAAUAAGGAGAAAGAAAAGUCAAAGGAAGAGGUGAAUGACAAAAGAUACUUGCGCUGCCCAGCAGCAAUGACAGUGAUGCAUCUAAGAAAGUUCCUGCGGAGUAAGAUGGAUAUACCUAACACUUUCCAGAUUGAUGUGAUGUAUGAAGAGGAGCCUCUGAAGGACUACUACACCCUAAUGGAUAUUGCCUACAUCUAUACCUGGAGGCGGAAUGGGCCUCUGCCCUUGAAAUACCGGGUCCGACCUACUUGCAAGAGGAUGAAGAUCAGUCACCAGAGGGAAGGCUUGAAUAAUAGUGGGGAGCUGGAAAGUGACUCUGGGAGCGACAAGGCAAGCAGCCCAGCAGGAGGCAUCCCCUCCACCUCCUCCUGUUUGCCCAGCCCCAGCACGCCAGUCCAGUCUCCUCACCCCCAGUUCCCCCACAUCUCCAGCACCAUGAAUGGCACCAGCAGCAGCCCCAGCAGUAACCACCAGUCCUCCUUUACCAACAGAGCUCGGAAAACAUCAAUAAAUGGCUCCUCAGCCACUUCAUCUGGUUGAUGUGCCAACCAGGCUACCACCCUCGCCCCUCCUUUAUAUAGAUCUCUCCAUGCCAUUACAGCUUUAUAGAUGCUAAUCCAUGUGACUAUCAUCCAAAUUGCUUUCUUUUGUAGUAACACUGAACUUGGCUAUAAAAGGCGGACUUAGGUGACAUUCAGGAUGGACGUUAUUGGAAACGCAAGAUUGAAAUGUAAAUUUUUCUGAGGACUGGGAAACAAACUAUAGUUACACCUUCACCUGUUCUGAAUGAUGUGGAGUUGUUUCUGUCCCCAUCAUCUGGAGCCAGGAGUCUCCAGAAGUCAAUACAAAUCCUGGGAAGUAGUUUGUUAAUCCAGACUAACUCCUCCAUUGCGUUCUCUUCGAUUGUUAUUGUUCUUAUACUGUUUUGUGAACCUGUAGAAAGCAAGUGCUUUUUCAUCUUGAAAUCCAACAAAAUUGAAAGAAUAUGCAUAGAAAAAUGCAUAUAUGUAGCCAUGUCACUGUGAAUAACAAUUUUUGCGUAUUAGCCAUUUUGAUUCUUAUGUUGCAUCUUUUACUUCUCUGUUGCUGCGCAGAACCGAUCAAAAGAAAACUUCAGUUUUACAAUCUGUAUGCCUAAAAGCGGGUAUUACCGUUUUAUUUACUGACUUGUUUAAAUGAUUCGCUUUUGUAAGAAUCAGAUGGCAUUAUGCUUAUUGUACAAUGCCAUAUUGGUAUAUGACAUAACAGGAAACAGUAUUGUAUGAUAUAUUUAUAAAUACUAUAAAGAAAAUAUUGUGUUUCAUGCACUCAUGAUAUGGUUGUUAAAUUUCUAAACAGGUUCGACCCUUGCAGAUGCCGCCUGUUUGAGCUUUGCUCAUACUGCAAGAAACACAUUGUGUGUGAGAGCUACAGUAUUGGGGAAGCACAUUCAAGUCUCUGAUAACCUGGAGGCAAUUGGCAAUCUUAAAAGAAUUUUACUUGCUUUGUCUUUUUUUUUUUUCUUCCAAGUGGAAUAUUUUUACUUUACCAAAUGUAGAAGUGAUACAGUGAAAAAAAGAAAUCAAGGGAGGUGGAAGUUUUA